CACUGCGGCUCUGAGAUGGCUGCUGGCUGGGAGGUUUCGGUUCUGCAUGGUAAGGUGUGCUGCAGGGUGGGAGGGACAGCACGCAGGCCGCUGUGCUAACGAUGAUUCCUUCGUGCUCCACCAAAGCUGAACCGUGGGCUGAUCACUUUGGUUUCUGCUGGGAAGUCCUCAGUAAGAGCUGAGCUCUUCCCCUGCGUUGUGUGCAGUCAGGACCUUCCUGAUGGGAGGCGCUCAUUUCGUGUGCACGGUGUUCAAGGCCAGGUUGGAUGGGGUCCUGGGCAACCUGAUCUAAAUGUGGAUGUUUGGUGGCCCUGCUAGGCAGGGGGGUUGGAACUACAUGAUCCUUGAGGUCCCUUCCAACCUGUGCGAUUGUGUGAUUCUGUGAUGGUUCAUUUGGCCGGUUCCCAUAGGAAGCACACACAGACCCUCUUCUUGCCACACGUGGAUCUGAAUGGCGGCGUUCCUCGCAGAGUGAUCUUCAGAUGGAGGAGCUCAGUGCGGAGGACGGCUGCUCUGCGCUCACCUUGCGGUUUGGCCGUGCUCUGCUCCAUGUCCCCCGAUGCCGGAGCGGCUCUCAGUGUCGGUUCUGUGUCCUGUUUGCUCGCUGAUAUUUCCUGUGAUGUUCCGGAGCGACGUUGCCAGCUCCCAUUCCUCCUCAUCAAACUGGGCUAAUGACUCUGACCUUUUGUUUGUAAAGCAGAAGGAAAAGGCUCAACAAAAUACUGGAGCUUAUUUACUAUCAUUACCUCAGUGAUGAGCAACGCCACUUUGCGGUGCUUCAAAGAGGCUUCGCUUAUAAGAUGCUGGAAAUCCCGAGAGAGAGAAAACGUUUCAGAUGGAGGAGGAGGAGGGGGAAGGUUCCUCCCAGCCCAGUGCUGUUAGCAUACAUGAGAACAGUGCCUGAAGCAGGUCCACCAUGCCGUUAGUAACGAGGAACAUUGAGCCAAGGCACCUGUGCCGUCAGACGUUGCCUAGCGUUCGAAGCGAGCUGGAAUGCAUGACCAACAUCACCCUGGCAAAUGUCAUUCGACAGCUGGGCAGCCUGAGUAAAUUUGCAGAAGACAUAUUUGGAGAGUUGUUUACUCAAGCCAACACUUUUGCCUCCCGGGUGAGCGUUCUUGUGGAGAGAGUUGACCGCUUGCAAGUCAAAGUCACUCAGCUGGAUCCCAAAGAGGAGGAAGUCUCCCUGCAGGGCAUUAACACCAGGAAGGCCUUCAAAAGCUCCACUACUCAGGACCAGAAGCUCUUCGACAGAGAUUCUCUGCCGGUGCCUGUCCUUGAAACCUAUGGGACCUGCAAUACUCCUCCACCUCUCAACAUUCUUUCCCCUUAUAGGGACGAUGGCAAGGAGGCACUUAAAUUCUACACGGAUCCUUCCUAUUUCUUUGACCUUUGGAAAGAGAAAAUGCUUCAGGACACCAAGGAUAUUAUGAAAGAGAAGCGGAAGCACAGGAAAGAGAAAAAGGAGAAUCCGAACCGAGGAAACGUGAACCCACGGAAAAUCAAAACCCGAAAAGAAGAGUGGGAGAAACUGAAAAUGGGGCAAGAAUUUGUUGAGAUAAAGGACAAACACGGCCCUGCUGGGUACCCCUCUAACAUGGUGUAUCAGAACGGCAGCAUUGGCUCCAAUGAAAGCAUGGAGGUGAACUGCUACCCGCCGCCGCCGCAGACUGACUCUAUUGUGCCUCCACCUCCUUCGUUCCCAGAUGACAGCCUGCCUCCACCCCCGGUGGAAUUUAGCUAUCCUGUAGACAACCAAAGAGGUUCUGGUUCUGGAGGGACCAAAAGAUCCAGCCUGGUCAGCCCGAGCCACCCACCGCCAGCUCCUCCCAUCGGAUCCCCCGCGGGGGCCAGGCCGGGCUUUGCUCCCCCUCCAGCACCGCCUCCACCACCACCAAUAAUGGGCAGCACCCCUCCUCCACCACCCCCAUCCCCAGGCACCCCGCCGCCGCCCUCUCCCCCCUCUUUCCCACCUCACCCCGACUUUGCUGCCCCACCUCCACCGCCGCCCCCUCCGGUGGCCGAAUACAGCAGCAUGCAGCCCCCUGCUCUGCCCCAGCCGGGCGGUGGGAGCGCACCGCCCCCCCCACCCCCCCCACCACCUCCUGGCCCCCCGCCUCUGUCUUCCAGUGGCCUCGAUGGGCCCCCGGCGCCGCCUCCACCCUCAGACACCUCCGCCUCCAAGCCCAAGUCAUCCCUGCCCGCUGUUAGCGAUGCCAGGAGCGAUUUGCUUUCGGCGAUUCGUCAAGGCUUCCAGCUCCGCAAGGUGGAAGAGCAGCGGGAGCAGGAGAAGAGGGACGUUGUGGGCAACGACGUGGCGACCAUCCUGUCGCGCCGCAUCGCCGUGGAGUACAGCGACUCUGAGGAUGACUCUUCAGAGUUCGAUGAGGACGAGUGGUCGGAUUAACCACGGCCCCGUCCCCUCGGUUCCCUUCCCUCCUGGGUUAACGGCUUCUUAAAGAACCAGGUGGCCAAACCUUCCACCGUUUCCUUUUCAUCCCGUAACCAAAGAUGUGCCAAGGGUUUUCAGACAACCACCAGCAUAUCUCCCCUCUCCCUCCCCCCCCGGGCUUUGGCAGGACUUUGUGCUCUGCCUUUCCAAUAGGUCUCCUCGCAGGCAGUGAGGAUGGAGGCGUUGGGAUUUGGCUGGAGGCAGUGCAACGGUUGCUUAUUUAAGAGAACUAAACCUGCAGAUCCUCGAUGCCACCAGGCAGAGCACACAAAACCCCUCCAUCCUGAGGGAUUUUUAAAGCAAAGAUGGAUGAUCCUGUUGUGGCCGCGCGGCCUUUCAGAUGAAGGACGUUUUCAGCUAGUUUCCUCAUUGCAACAGCAGGCAGUUGAUCUAGUGGCUCUUCCUUUCCAGUGAAUACUGGUAGUGCUGCAAGAAAACAGGCUUUAAAUGUCUGUUUUCUGCUGCAUCCCACUGUCACAUAAUCAGUUUUCGGCACUGGUGCACAAUUCCUUCCCCUCUGACCCUCCUCAGUAUUUCCAGACUUACCCCUGCAGGGGGGCACUGCUGGCUGUAGGGCUGCAGCGUGCGUCGGGUGCAAUGAGAGGAGGGCUGUGUUCCUUUUUAAAGCUGCCUUUACCUUCCUCAGCAACCUCCAGGACUGCUUUGCCACAAGGGAGCCUUGCACAAAGGGAUGCAGGGCUGCAGCAGGACGGCUGCUUGGCUUCCUGCUGCAGGGAGAGCAGAGCUGACGGCUCCGCUUCGUGCCGAAAGAAACAAAGCAAAACCCAGAAGUGCCUACAGCAGGGAAGCAGCGGGGAGGGCUGCUCUGAGCACCAGGCCCUGUUUGACCAGUUGGAAUCGCUGCUUCUCUCCUGCAGCGAGCACGCUUUUGCAGAGAGCAUUGCUGCAGGAAUUGCUGGUGUUACUUUUGCUUCCUCCUCCCUUUCACUUCAGGAUUAGGGGGGUCCUGUGCCUCAAACCACCUCUGUGUGAGCUGAGUUGCCCGUUGGUUCCAUCACACCUCACCCGUGUUGUUCCCCGUGUUUUGUUCCUGUAGUUGAUUAGUUUAAUUAAUGUUUAAGAACAUUUCUUCUCCCAGCUCACCCCGCAGAUUCCUAGGCUGCUCACUACAGGCAGGGGAAGAAAAUGGAGAACUUGAACUAGCUGACCUAGGUGUUACUGCUGUUUUAUAUUACAUAGAAUAUAUGCAUAUCUUGGAAAUCUAUAAGCAAAUCUCCCAGUGCUGCAGAUGUGCUUGUUGUAUUUUAAUUUGAGCACAAGUGUCUCAGAAAGCGAUUCCAAAGCCUUGUGGCUCAGGCUGCUGUGGGCUGGGACCAUUAAGACCAAAUCUCCAACCUGUUUGCCUUUCUAAUUGUCAGGUAUUCUGCCAGCCUGUGCCUGUUGUUCCCUCUCCAGCUCGCCUUGUUUCGUGGUGUUGCUGAUAGCUGGGGCGCCAGGCCCAGCCGGAGGCUGCUGGGUUGCUGAAAACCUUUCUUAGGGGUUUGAUUGAUGAUUUCAGUUUGUGCCAUCGAGUUCUUACUGAUUUCUCGCGUGUGUUGGUGCAUUUUUAAUGUGUGCCAGAGCAGAUGAGGGCCUGGAGGAGGGGCUGUGCUGCGCUGUGGGUCAGGCUGAGAUCCGGCUCAGCCCUGAGCACAAUCAGGAGAGAUCGGCCAGGCUCUCCACCAUUACAUUUCUGUGCAGAGCAGGAUGCAGGGCACAGAGCGAGGCAUCCCAGCAGGCUGGGAACAUCUGAGCGGCGCUCAUUGCAGGUUCUGGAGGAGGGAAGGAAACCCCUCGAGUGCCAGCGAGCCGUCGUGCAGCGGAGGGACUUGGAAAUGCAAAGUGAUCAGCGCUGCACGCUGGGUGAGGGGGGCUGGAGGAGAAUCGCUGCCUCUUGUUUUUCUGCUCCUUCUGUAAGCAUCCUCCUCUGGCUUCUCUUGGAGACAGGUUCCUGGGGGAAACAGACCUCUGAGCUAAGCCAGGCUGACAGCAUUAUCACACAGGGAAGCGCGGAGCUCACAAAUGCCAAACCUGGGUUAAUUUUAAAUUGCCUUAAGUAGAUUUGGCCCCCUGUUGGGAAAGGGGAGCGAGUUAUUGGUGUCGUGUGAAAUGCAGAGCAAUGCCACGCUCCUCGCAGCCCGGCGUGUGGGGCAGAGCUGGGCCUCGGGGCGCUGGGGACGCGGUCAGCCCACACCUGUGGCACAGGGAUGCUGUGCGGGUGGAGCACAGGGCUGCAAUGCCUCCCCUGCUCUGGAGCCCUGCUGGCAGCAGGAGGGGUGCAGCUCUGGCUGUGCAAGCCUGCUUUUACCCACGGCCGCUUUCAGAUCCGGGGUGAGAGGCAGAACUGCAGGGAGGCAGAACUGCAGGAUCCUGAGCACAGGGAUUGCAGAUCAACAAAGCAACGGGUGCGAGGUGCCCGUCUGUGAGCAGAGCUGCAGAGCGCCGGGCCGCUGAGCGAGCCUCGUAUUUCUGAACCCAGCAGGGGAGGAGGAGAGGUGCCAAAAACAACCUUUGCGAAGCAGAGCAGCUGUGCGGUGCUGCAGGCCCCGCGCUUUCCUCCUGCCAUCUUUGCUUCUUUGCAAAGGUCUCAUCUUUGCAGCGCCGGAGCCGAGAGCCUCAAGCGUUCUGCACGGCCAGAAGCAGAGCUGGCCGCCGCGGGCCUCCCCUCUCUGCCCGCCCCCAUGGGGGUCUGCACGGAGCUGGGGCCACCGCUGCCCCCCUCCCCUGCUCAGACGUUUCUCCCGCUGCCUUUGCCCGCAGUGCUCGGCUGCUGCUGCUGGCAGCCGCUCCCCCGGCGCCCCUCCUUGGCGCACAGGGCUGGCUGUGUCCCCGCUGCCUGGCCUCAGCCUGGAGCCUCGUCUGCAGCCGGUGACCUUCACCGCUUUUUGCUCUCCUUAUCGGAGCCGAGCGCCGGCCCGCGUGGAGGGAAGGGGAAGGGGGCUGUGCGAGGCGCCAUGCGGAGCCGCACGGUGUCGUUUCAGGGAAGGGCCGCUUCUGUCCGUGAGCUCAGGCGCGGCGCUGUGCUCUUGGAGCCCCUCGCAGGCAGGUGCUGCUGCCCCAGCUCAGCUCUCCGUGCUGCUGCGUUUCGGGGCUGCCGAUUCCCCUCCUGUUUGAUUUCUUUAAACAAAGCCUUGAAGUGGGGAAGCGGAUUCGCUGGGUUUUAUUACCGUAUUAACAUUCAUUUAAAUCCAUUUCAGAAACUAACUCCUUUCUCUUCCUACUUAGAAUGUCUUAGGCGAGCUGUAACCCUUCCAAAGUGCCUUAUUUUUCCUAUAUGACAUAAAUAUAUUUAUAAGAACUGUGCUGUGUGUGGCCGGGGCGCUGCAGAGCAGGGCGGCGUUGGGCCGAUGCUCUCAGGGCGCCGGGGGGGAAUUGGGUUUCUCACUUCAGACCAAAGGAGUUUCAGCUCCGAAACUCUGCUUAAAGGAUAGAAAAAGAGGGAGAAGCACCGGCUGAGGAGCAGAGCGCUGCCUCCCUGGUCUCGGUUGUUCCCCUCUCAGAGCAAAUGCUGAUGGCACGGCUGGUGUAAGCCGGGCUUUCCUGCUGCCACUUUCAACCCCUUGGAUGAUGAAGAUCCCGAUUGCAAUUUUUAUUUUAUUUUUUUUGUAAUGUAGACGUGGACGAAAAAAAAACCAAACAACCAAACAAAGCCAACAAACCACGACGGUCCUUAUUUUUAAAACCUCAAACUCGAUAAAAAAAACCUUUCUAUCCAUCGGUGCCUUCGUGU